CUCCGCGGGGUGUGCCGUGCGCCUGCGCAGUGUGGGCCGCUCCCCGCCCCCUGCCCCUCUGCUGCCGCCUGCUGCCCUAGUCAGCCAGCCAGCCGGCCGGCCAGGCCCCGCCUCGGCUCUGUGCUCUCGUCCACCUCUCAGCCGCCGGUCUGCCCCGCAGCAGCCAGCCCCGUCUCCAACAGCAUGUUCAGCUGGGUCAGCAAGGAUGCCCGCCGCAAGAAGGAGCCGGAGCUCUUCCAGACGGUGGCCGAGGGGCUGCGGCAGCUGUACGCGCAGAAGCUGUUGCCCCUGGAGGAGUACUACCGCUUCCACGAGUUCCACUCGCCGGCGCUGGAGGACGCUGACUUCGACAACAAGCCCAUGGUGCUCCUCGUGGGCCAGUACAGCACGGGCAAAACCACCUUCAUCCGGCACCUGAUCGAACAGGACUUCCCGGGGAUGCGCAUCGGGCCCGAGCCCACCACUGACUCCUUCAUCGCCGUCAUGCACGGCCCCACCGAGGGCGUGGUGCCGGGCAACGCGCUUGUCGUCGACCCGCGGCGCCCCUUCCGCAAGCUCAACGCCUUCGGCAACGCCUUCCUCAACAGGUUCAUGUGUGCCCAGCUGCCCAACCCUGUGCUGGACAGCAUCAGCAUCAUUGACACUCCUGGGAUCCUGUCCGGGGAGAAACAGCGCAUCAGCAGAGGUUAUGACUUUGCAGCUGUCCUGGAGUGGUUUGCCGAGAGGGUGGACAGGAUCAUCCUGCUCUUCGACGCCCACAAGCUGGACAUCUCUGAUGAAUUCUCGGAAGUCAUCAAGGCCCUCAAGAACCAUGAGGACAAGAUCCGCGUGGUGCUGAACAAGGCCGACCAGAUCGAGACGCAGCAGUUGAUGCGGGUGUACGGGGCCCUCAUGUGGUCCCUGGGGAAGAUCAUCAACACCCCCGAGGUGGUCAGGGUCUACAUCGGCUCCUUCUGGUCCCACCCGCUCCUCAUCCCCGACAACCGCAAGCUCUUUGAGGCCGAGGAGCAAGACCUCUUCAAAGACAUCCAGUCUCUGCCCCGAAAUGCCGCCCUCAGGAAGCUCAAUGACCUGAUCAAGCGGGCGCGGCUGGCCAAGGUCCAUGCCUACAUCAUCAGCUCCCUCAAGAAGGAGAUGCCCAACGUCUUUGGUAAGGAGAGCAAGAAGAAAGAGCUGGUGAACAACCUGGGAGAGAUCUACCAGAAGAUCGAACGAGAACAUCAGAUCUCCCCUGGGGACUUCCCGAGCCUCCGCAAGAUGCAGGAACUCCUGCAGACCCAGGACUUCAGCAAGUUCCAGGCCUUGAAGCCCAAGCUUCUGGACACAGUGGACGACAUGCUGGCCAACGACAUUGCCCGGCUGAUGGUGAUGGUGCGCCAGGAGGAGUCCCUGAUGCCCUCCCAGGCUGUGAAGGGUGGCGCCUUCGACGGCACCAUGAACGGGCCCUUUGGGCACGGCUAUGGUGAGGGGGCCGGCGAGGGCAUCGACGAUGUCGAGUGGGUGGUGGGCAAGGACAAGCCCACCUACGAUGAGAUCUUCUACACGCUGUCCCCCGUCAAUGGCAAGAUCACAGGCGCCAAUGCCAAGAAGGAGAUGGUGAAGUCCAAGCUGCCCAACACGGUGCUGGGGAAGAUCUGGAAGCUGGCCGACGUGGACAAGGACGGGCUGCUGGACGACGAGGAGUUCGCCCUGGCCAACCACCUCAUCAAGGUCAAGUUGGAGGGCCACGAGCUGCCCGCCGACCUGCCCCCACACCUGAUCCCGCCCUCCAAGCGGAGGCACGAGUGACUGAGUGACCGAUUGACCGGCCUCGCCCCGGCCACCCGCCAUCUCCACACCACGCAGCAGGCAGAGGCCUGGGAGGCAGAGACUGGGGGGAGGGGAAGGCUCACCAUUUCUCAAGGUCCAUAAAGACUGAGCGGAUGUUUCCUCAGCUCUUGAAAAGGAAAACCGCCAUCUUUAUUUUAAGGCUGUUCCUGGGCCCGGCUGGGGAGGCAGGGGUGAUACACAGAUGUGAAUGAUGGAAUUUUGUGCACAAGAACUAUGGAUAUUUUUAAUAUAUAACGUUAGAGGCACGUUC